AUGGAUCAACAAGGCCAAUCCGGGGUGCCCGGCCCCACUGGUCGCAAGCUCCAUAUUGCUCACCGGAGAAGUCCAUCUGAGCUCACUCCCCUCAUGAUGGAACAAUUGGCAAUUCAGCAACAGAUCGAGCUGCUUCAGCAGCAGCAGCAACAAAUCGCUGCAACACAUCAACAAUAUGUGAACAUGGGCCUUCUACAACCCCAACAGCUGAACCAGGUUGGCGGUUCCUUUCCUUCCAUCCAAGGCAAUGCUUCCGUCGGAGGCGUGUCUCCUCAGCUCAACGCUUUUCAAUUCCCGCAAUUGGCUCAGCAGCAAUUGGGUGUGCCCGUGAACACACAAUCCUCCCACCGCCGCAAUCAGUCCGCACUCCCCGGUUUGGGCAUGGGCGGCCCGCCUCCAGCUCCGUCCUCGGGUGCCUCCGGGUACUCGGAAUUCAACCAACAACACCAGCCACAGCAGAGCAAUCAGAGGAAUGAGGGUGGUGGUCAUGGUGGCCGUGGUCGGGGUCCCCCAGGUGGUGGCCAUCAGCGUCGUCACUCUUUGGCACUGCCAGAGGCCAAGAAGGCUGCGGAACUCGCCCAGCAGAAGAGAACCGCAUCUGGCUUCCAGUUCCCCGGCCCAAGUGCUGGUGGCAAUGACGAGAACACCCCGACCUCCGAUGGCAAAUCGACACCAAGCGCUUCGCACGCUCCUCAGGGUCUGGGACUUCAGCGUGCUGGCAACCUUCGGGCCGGUGGCGGUCAUGGUCGCAGUCAAUCUAUGGCAGUUGGUGGCAACCGUGGCUCUCUUUCCGGUCGCGGUGCUGGUGGAUUCCAAUUCCCUGAUAGUGGUCUUGGUCCCUUGCCGGAGAACCAACGGCGUGGUAGUACACAGGGCCAUGCCCGCUCCUCGUCCCGCAACUUUGACAGCAAUUGGCGCCAACCGCAAAACCAGAACCAGGAUCAGCAGAGAGCGGGCUUUGGUCAGCAAGGUAGUUCCUUCCAGCCUGGCCACCGUGCUCGCGCGUCCAUGAACCAGUCCGUCGGCUCCAUUGGCCAGUUCCAGUACCAGAGCCAGCCGCCGCUCCUUCAGCUUCCCCAGGGACAAGUUGUUAUGGCUCCACAGGUAUUUGGUGGUCAGCAGCUGAACCCUCUUCAGCUUGCCCAACUGCAAGCCCUGCAGCAGCAGAAUGGACAACUGAACGGUCAGGGCUUGGGCCUCCAGGCCAGUCAGCACGCACCCCAGCAGCAACUGUCUGCUCAACAGCAGCAGCAGCAGCAGCAGCAGCAGCGCAAGACGCUCUUCACUCCUUACCUUCCCCAGGCAAACCUGCCGGCUCUGCUGAGCAACGGUCAGCUGGUUGCCGGUACCCUCCGAGUCAACAAGAAGAACCGUUCCGACGCCUAUGUCACUACCACCGACUUGGAUGCCGACAUCUUCAUCUGCGGAAGCAAAGACCGCAACCGUGCCCUUGAGGGUGACUUUGUUGCUGUCGAACUCUUGGACGUUGACGAGGUGUGGUCACAGAAGAAGGAAAAGGAAGAGAAGAAGAAGCGCAAGGACAUCACGGAUGCCCGCUCUGGUGGCAAUGGCGGUGACAAGCUGUCUCGCUCGGACUCCGGCGCCAAUGGAGAGCGACAGGAGGUCGGGCCUGAUGGCAGCAUUCGUCGCCGUGGCAGUCUCCGUCAGCGACCCACCCAGAAGAAGAAUGAUGAUGUUGAAGUUGAAGGCCAGAGCCUUUUGCUGGUCGAGGAAGACGAGAUCAGCGAUGAGCAGAAGCCGUUGUAUGCUGGCCACAUCGUGGCUGUAAUCGAACGCAUCGCAGGACAGAUGUUCUCGGGAACUCUGGGUCUUCUCCGUCCCAGUAGCCAGGCGACGAAGGAGAAGCAGGAGGCCGAACGACAAGCCAGAGACGGCGGUCACGGCCGCCAUAACGACCGCCACCAGGAGAAGCCCAAGAUUGUCUGGUUCAAACCCACGGACAAGCGUGUCCCGCUCAUUGCGAUUCCUACCGAGCAAGCUCCUCGCGACUUCGUCGAGAAGCACCAUGAGUACGCCAACCGCAUCUUCGUCGCUUGCAUCAAGCGAUGGCCCAUCACCUCUCUGCACCCCUUUGGUACCUUGGUUGAGCAACUCGGCGAGAUGGGUGAUCUGAAGGUGGAGACCGAUGCCCUUCUUCGGGACAACAACUUCGGCUCUGACGAGUUCUCCGAUGCGGUUCACAAGAGCAUUGGCUGGGACGACUGGUCAGUUGCUAGUGAGGGCGAGGCACUUCUGGCCUCGCGUCGCGACUUCCGUGACGAAGUCACCUUCACUAUCGAUCCUAACGGCACCCCGGAGCUGGAUGAUGCUAUCCACGCUAAGAAGGUCCCCGACGGAAAGGUUGAGAUCGGUAUUCAUGUCGCUGAUAUUGCCCACUUCGUCAAGGCCAACUCUUUGGUGGACAGAGAGGCUAAAAAACGGGGAACUGCCGUCUAUCUGAUGGACCGCCUGGUGAACAUGCUGCCACCGCGCGUUUCCACGGAGCUCUGCUCGCUGCUUCCUGGUCAAGAGCGCCUGACGGUCAGUGUGGUGUUCAGAGCUAACCCUGAUACCGGUAUCGUCGAUGAUGACGUGUGGAUCGGCAAGGGUGUCAUCAAGAGCUCUGGUAGACUGGGCUACGAUGAGGUUAAUGCAAUCAUCGGGGGCCAGAACGACAUUUCGGUGCCUGGUAUUACCGCUGAUGACAUUCGGGCCUUGAACGGCCUUGCCUCGAAAUUCCGCGAAGCAAGGUUUGGUCACCGUGCUUCCAACUUGCCACCUCUGCGUCUGCUGUCUCAGUUAGAUGACGAGAACGUGCCUGUUGAGGACAACAUCUUCGAUGCCUCUGCGGCCCAUGAGCUGGUUGAGGAGCUGAGUCACAAGGCCAACUUCUUUGUUGCCCGCAAACUGGUGACUGCCAUGCCUGAAAAGGCACUCCUUCGUCGCCAGACUCCGCCAAACGCUCGCCGUCUCCAGGCCUUCGUCGACCGGAUGAACCGACUCGGAUAUGAAAUGGACGCUACCAGCAGUGGCAGUUUGCAGAGCAGUGUCUGCAAGGUGUCGGAUGUUGAAGUGCGCAAGGGUAUGGAAGUGCUUCUCGUCAAGGCCAUGCAACGCGCGAAGUACUACGUGGCAGGCACUGUUCAGGGUGAGCAGCGCCAGCAUUACACUCUCAACCUUCCCUUCUUCACCCAUUUCACCAACCCCUCGCGUCGCUAUUCCGACAUCGUUGUGCACCGUCAACUCGAGGCCAUUCUCUCUGAUGGUGCCAUCGAAUUUACGGACGACUUGGAGUCCCUCAACAAGACCGCGGACCUUUGCAACAACAAGAAGGACUCGGCACACAAUGCUCAGGAGCAAAGCGUCCACAUUGAGGCCUGCCGUAACAUGGAUAAGGAACGACAGGCAAUUGGUGGCGACCUGAUCAGUGAGGGUAUCGUUAUCUGCGUCUACGAGUCCGCGUUUGAUGUCCUCAUUCCGGAGUACGGUUUCGAGAAGCGUGUCCACUGUGAUCAGUUGCCAUUGAAAAAGGCUGAGUUCCGCAAAGACUCCCGUGUUCUUGAGCUCUACUGGGAGAAGGGUGUUCCGUCGUCCGCGUACGUUCCCGAAGAUGAACGUCCUAAGCCCGCGAACGCCCGUGCUGCCCAGGCUGCUGCAGCGGCUCGUGAAGCCGAAGCUGCCAGGGAGCGUGCUCGCGAGAGGGACGAGGCCAUGCGCAAGCAGACUGAGACCGGAACCAUGUCCGCAGACGAUGUCGAUGCGCUCUUCGAUGAUGACGACGAUAUGUCCGAGGUCACUGAGAUGGCGGCUGGUGUGUCGUUGAACAACAACAGUAACUCUGCCGAGCGCCCGACUCAGAGCAUGCCCCCUUCGCCAACUCACAACGGCAAUGGCCAGCAGGGUCCUCACCGCACUCGCUCGGACCCGAAGAUGGCGACAAGCGCCGGUGACGCUCCGGAAGCCAAGUUGACGAACAAGGAGAAGUACCUGAACUUGUUCAAGCUCAGGGAAGAAAACGGAGAGUAUAUUCAAGAUGUCACAGAGAUGAGCCGCGUUCCCAUUAUCCUCAAAACCGAUCUGUCCAAGAGUCCUCCUUGCCUCACUAUUCGCUCCGUGAACCCUUACGCUCUGUAA